AUGUCUGCUGAAAGUCCCCGGACGGAGCGGAGGGGCUCCGAAGCCUCGUCGCAUACUGAGGCUGGCGGAACCUACGAGGAGAAUGAGAAGCUGGUUUCUAUUCACAAGGAUGAGGAGAGCCAUCCUAGGGAAGAGAUGGAGAUUGCCGAAGAGCGGGAGGAUGCCGCAAUGCUACCGCAGGAGACCGAGAAACCCGAGCCAGCAAAGUCCAGUACGAGGUCUGCGAUUAUCUGGAUGGUGAUCAACACCCUCGCAACGAUUGGAAUUGUGUUCACGAACAAGGCCAUUUUUUCCGAUCCGUCUUUGAAACUCGCUCAGCUAUCCUUUGCCGCCUUCCACUUCUUCAUUACAUGGCUGACGCUUUUCACCCUGUCACGCCCCCGAUUCGCUUUCUUCCAGCCACGCCGCGCAUCUAUUCGAGAGAUUGCUCCUCUCUCUGUUGCCAUGGCGCUGAAUGUCAUUCUUCCUAACCUAUCUCUGGCCUUUUCCACCGUCACCUUCUACCAGGUCGCGCGUAUUCUCCUUACGCCAACUGUGGCUCUCAUGAACUACGUUCUGUACAAGGCAACUCUGCCGCAGAACGCCCUACUGGCCUUGAUCCCGGCUUGCGCCGGUGUUGGCAUGGUCUCGUACUACGACUCGCUGCCCAGCGCCGAUGCCAAAGUCAAGACCACCUCAGGAUUGGGGGUUAUCUUUGCCUUUGCGGGCAUCUUUGCCUCGUCUCUGUACACGGUCUGGAUCGCGAGCUAUCAUAGGAAGCUCCAGAUGUCCAGCAUGCAGCUGCUCUUCAACCAAGCGCCGGUUUCCGCUUUCCUACUGCUCUACGUCAUUCCCUUUGUCGACACAUUCCCCGUCUGGAGCACAGUCCAAGUCAGCCGCUGGGUCAUGAUCUUGAUGUCUGGCAUGUUUGCCUCGUUGAUCAACAUUUCCCAAUUCUUCAUCAUCGCUCAGACCGGACCCGUCUCGAGCACGGUCGUUGGGCACGUAAAGACCUGCACAAUCGUCGCGCUUGGUUGGGCCACCUCUGGCAGAGCCAUUGGUGACAAGUCUGUUCUUGGCGUUUUCAUUGCCCUUGGCGGUAUCAUUGCCUAUUCGAUAGUCAUGUUGAAGGAGAAGGCGAAGAAGCUUGGAAAAUGA